UCCUUUGCGCUAUGCUCGCACCCUUCCCCACCAUAUCCCGCUCCCCAGUGUCGUCGGCUGCGGUUCCUCCCCACCUCCUUCUGCGCUACGUGCUCUGCGCUCGGAAUCCAGAAUGGGAGGCCUCCCUGUAGCUUGUGGUGACUCCAGUGAGACUCAGAUUUGUCUCUGCUAGAAUCUUGCAAUGACAAUUUUUGACGACGAUGAUGAUGCGGAGCCACAACUGAAGGUCGUUGACAACUACUAUUUUGUGAAAGCCAAGAACGAGUUUGUUUGUUUCAGCACCUUGCCCCUUAAGUUUGAUGAAAAUGAUAAAGUCUCCGGGAAGGGUAUCUACUUGCGUCGAUAUUCCACAGAUGGCGCCCCUGCGGUAUACAAGCAGGUUGUAGCUUGGACAGUAGCACUUAACCGUGAGCAGCCAAAGAUCUCAGUGCUUUCAAGUGAGGGCUAUUGGAUAGAAUUGGAUCUAUUGAAACCACGAAAAAUCUAUUGGAAGUUUGCUCGAUCAGCAUUAACGACAGUUCAAAUGCUCCACUUUGUCAAAAGGCAACCCAGAAAACCGAUGAUAAGUCUUUCUGUUCACCUUCGUGAAGUAUUCAGUAAAUUUGAAACGGAAGAGAUGGAGAAUGCUUUAGGGAAACACCAUCACAUAAUCAAGCGAUGUGCAGAGAGGGAUCCUGCUUUAAUGAGGUCAAAGGUUCUGCAAAGCUUUAUCAAUGACACUUCUGGGAAAUACUUUGAGUGCAUAUUAAGGAGUCUGAGCACCAAGGAGUCAUUCAUUGUUGUUGCUGAGCCUCUUGCAAGUGGGGGUAAAGGCAAUUGCGAUACAGAUAGUGAUGGUAACAUAAUCGGCGAUGAUGGUGAUGGUACUGAGCCAAUAUGUGCAAUAUGUGACGAAGGAGGAGAAUUACUUAGCUGUAAAGGUCGAUGCAAGAGAGCCUUCCAUCCUACAAUAGAAGCUGGCAGAAAGUCUAAAUGUGUAACACUUGGUUACACUGCUGUACAAGUAAAGGAAAUGAAUAAGUUCAUAUGCGAAAACUGUAGAUAUGAACAACACCAAUGUUUCAAAUGUGGAGAACUCGACUCGUCUCAUGAGCCUAAUGCCAAGGUCUUUCAAUGUUGUAAACUGUUUUGUGGCCACUUCUACCACCCCAAGUGUGCUGCAGAAUUACUUCAGUCUGACAGUAAUGGAGCCUGUGAGUUGGAGAACAAGAUUGCAGCUGGGAUGCCAUUUCCAUGUCCUGUACAUUGGUGCUCCAGACCUGAUUGUAAAAAAAUGGAGGAAGGGACUGAAAGAGCAAUGUGGCUUGCUGGCUGCAGACGUUGUCCAAAGUCAUAUCACUUAGAUUGUUUGCCAAGGGAGAUAUGCUUUAAGUAUGGUAACAGGGGUAUACGUGCUUGGUUUCUAUCGGAAAGAAACCUAUCUAAAAGACUCAUCAUUUACUGCACAGACCAUGAGAUAGACCCAGCUAUGGGAACACCUUGCAGGGAUCAUAUAAAGUUCCCUGCUCUUGUAGAAAACAAAGGUCAUGGUUCAACAGAAUCCACAAAGUUUCAGCACUCUGAGAGGAAACCAUUGUGUAGAAUUUUGAUGAUGGUCCUGAGGACUUUGAAGAUUCUGCCAAACCAGAUGAUUUCGAUGUUCAUGGAUCUGCUGCCAAUCAUGGCACCCAAGCCAUAGGCCAGGUGCUUCCUCAGUUUUCCACUUUCUCAGGUCGGACCCCUAACUGGAACAAAUAUGCUAUCUUAGUACAACUAUAGUUUAAUCUGCCACAUUCCACUAAAUAUUAUUUUACCGAAAAAGGCUUUCGCCCCGCUUUAUAUAUAAAGCACCAACCACUUACAACGAGCGAUACAACACACAACACGACACGCACCCAAGGCAAGAUACAUAGGUGCUAAGACGCAACCAACACUCCCCCAACAAUUCCAAGACAACAAAGAUACACACUAGGCACACUAGGAAGUCGAGGGAGAACUCAACCGGGAACAAGCCACAGAAGAGACCAAGCUGCAAGCCGUCUAUCCAUGAACCCCAAGGCGGUGCCUUCAAGAAGGAUACGCCACCGGAGUGCCGCCACCACCCGAUCCAGAGGAUCAAGAUUUUCAUCCGGGGUACCUUGGAGGACAUGGAGCAACCGCAACGGAGUCUUCAAGAAGAUGCCGACGUCCUCGGGCGCCGCCUCCGUCGGCCUGGACAUGCCAGGUAGGAUUUUCAUCCAGGUCAACAACUCCGCCUCCGAACAGGUUACGGACAGUCCUGGGGACAGAGCCGCAUCACCGCCACCGAUCGACAAGCACCAGCCGCCAUGCCGCCCACGCGACCAUGGAGACUAGCCCGCACCUGAGCCGCGAGCUCCGCCCACGAGCACGCCGCUCCCACCACCAAGGCCGCCGCCCUGCAUCCCGACACUCUGGAGACCGACAAAGGAACAUGCUUGGAAACGACCGACCGAUCCCUAUCACGAACAGAGCUGCCGGUGACCAGCCUGCCCCGAACACAACGAACCCGGAAGCACUAGGCAGGGGAAAUGGGGAGGAGAGCAGCGGAGCAUGUCCGGACCGGCACCCCCUGCACCGGUGACGGGUAGAGAGCCCACCUGUCCCUCCUGCAACCUUCCCAGACGUCACCCCUGACGCCUUGCCAUGGCCUCCAGCCCGACGCGGCGCAGCAGCGGCCACCCCGUCCACCGCGGCGAGGGUCGUCGGACCGUCCGAAUCCUGCAGCCAAAGAGGGCCUCCAAAGCGCCCAGCCACCGAUGACCCACACCGCCGCACCGCCGCAGGAGCAGGCCGCACGUCGCCGCGGACCACGCCCCGAGCCACGACCUCGCGAGGUCAUGGCCAGCCCCCCGCGCCGCCUGCCAGGAAGGAGCCGCCAGAUCUGAAGGCCGAUUUGGAGCCCCGUUGCAGUCAGGUCCACGCCGCCUCGGCCGCCAUGACGAGCAACACCGCCGGCAACACACGCAGCCCUCCACGCCGUAGCAAAAGCCACCAGCGCCGUUGCGCCCCACAAAGCGCCGCGUCCCGGAACGAAGGGGCCGUCCCGCGCCGCCCACCACCGCUCGGAGAGGAGAGGAGGCCCCGCCGCCGCCGCUGCCGGCCGGGCUUUGCCCUCCUGCGAGCUCCGGCAGCGGCGAGGAUAGAGGAGGAGGAAUUGAAGGUAGGGGCGGCGGCGGCUCGGGUUUCCCCCCGUCGCUCGCGGGAGCGACGCGGGGGGAGGGAGAUCUUUUCAGUUCGAGCUUUUCCAGCCCCUGAUAUGGGUCUUUCUAUUACUCAUCUAAUGUUCUUCCAGGGAAAAGCUAAUCAUCUGCUAAUACCUUCUUAUUGACAAACUUAAAGUAGUGUUAAAUGGAUACAAGGCUAAUAGAUUGUUUUAUGCAGGUAGGUUUACCUAAAUCAAAUAUGUGUUUUGUUCUAUUCUUUUUUACCACAUGUCAAACAUUUGCUCAGUAAGAAAAUCAUAUCGAACUUCUAUUGUUAGAAAGUUCUGGUUGACAGCAGAAAAACCAUUCAUCUAAACCUUCAUAUCAGUGAUCUUCAAAUUGGCACAUUUGAAAAAAAAAUUCUCUACCCAAGUCUGCCUUCUGUGUUCUGUGCCUCUGUUCUUAAAGUUUUAGAAUUUUUUUCAAAACUAUGUUAUUUUUUGUAGCAAUUUCGGAAACUAUAGCGUAGAAUGAAAAAAACGCAAAACUAGUAGCCCGUCGGCCAGGAGUGGGCCGAAGUAGUACUUUUCGGCCACAACUAGGCCGAAAUAGUACUUUUCGGCCAUAGCUAGGCCGAAGUAGCACUUUUCGGCCACGCUUAGGCCGAAGUAGCACUUUUCGGCCACGCUUAGGCCGAAGUAGUACUUUUCGGCCACGCUUAGACCGAAAUAGACUUUUUGGUCAAGUUUAGGCCGAAAAGUCACUUUUUGGUCAACCCUAGGCCGAAGUUGCAUGGCUCAUGCUGAAUUGUAUUGUGUCGCCACCCGUUUCCCGCCCACCCGUUUCCCGCCACCCGUUUCCCGCCAACCCCUUCCCGUCAUAUGUUUCCGCCACCCGUUUCUCGCCAACCCCUCCCCGGCAAUCCCUUCCCAUCUUAUUUUCCCGCCAAUCCGUUCCCGCCUUAUUUUCCCGCCAAUCCCUUCCCGCCUUAUUUGCCCGCCAAUCCCUUCCCGCCAACCCUUUCCCGCCAUACCGCAGUUAUUCUUUCCCGCCAUUUUCUCCUCUGUAUCUAUAAAACCCCCUUCAGGCGGAGGUGGAUAAGCAUUCCAGUGUAGUGUAGUCGAGAUGUCCCAUUAUCCAUUCGAUCGUAGUUUUCACCCUAAGAUGAGCAGCACUCUGCUGAGUCUAGCUACCGAUUUCAGGAUGGACAAUAGGAUAGUUCCAUGGGACGAACUCACCAGUAGUGACACCAUAAUGAAUGAGUUGGCUCACCAACUACGUAGGUCUGGGUGGCCUGAAAGGACCUAUGAGGAGGUAC